GCCUUAAACUAAUGAGUAAGGAAAACAAAGCAAGCGGUGAGAGCUGCUUGCCGCGCCUAUCUCUAUGAUGCGCAAGAAUUUAUGGAGGGGUUAAGGGCUGGCCGAGCGUUGACGCUGCUUACUUUUGCAGAACUCGCUUGUGCGGGCCUCCCAAACCCGACCCUGUCACAGUAAAAAAAAAUUUCAGGAUGCGUUACUUACAAGUAUAAAAUUAAAAACUAUGGAGAGAAACCCCUAUGGAGAGAAACCCAAACCCAUUAGCACUCGAAUAAAAAUUAAUAAAUUAUUUACAAAUAUAAAAUUAAAAACUAUGGAGAGAGUUCCAGAAGCCGUUGGAAGCGAAAACUAAACACCCUCUAAAAAGUGAGAUGAAGCCGAUAGAAUUUGAGAGAGGACAAAAGAGUAUUGCAGAGAGUGUAGAUAGAUGGCAAGCGAGAAGAGGAUGACCGUCAAGCUCUUCUGCCCAUCGCUCUCCAAGGUGGUGUCCUACGUGGUUCGUGAGGAUCAGAGGCUGGACCUUGGUUCUAUUGCCCGGACCUUUGGGCUUGAUCCCUGGUCUGUCAAGCUCAACGGCCACUUCAUCAGCAGAGGCCGUGACUUCAUCUCCUCAUCCCUCACCUGGAACUCUCUCCUUUCUUUCUUCUCUUCUCGCUCGCUCCCCACCGGCGCUGUCGAUGCCAACCCCCUCGUCGUCGACGGGAAGCUCUGUAGACCCGGUACUAAGAGAUUACAUGACCCUGCAGAUGAUCAUGAGAAUGUUCUUGCUUGCAGCAAGCCACAGCUUGAAGAUUCCCUCAAAAAGAUAAAGUUGAGGGAAACAAACUCAGGGUGCAAAGAUGAGGAUAAUCUAAUGAUUAAACGCAAUGGUUUUGGCUCAAAGAGAAAGGAAUCAGUGGGAGAUGUCAACCAGCCCAAGAAGUUGAGAGUGCAUGCAACUGAAUCAGGUCCUGGUACAAAUCUAUCUUACAGACAAAGUUCAUGUUUCCAAGGAAGUAAAGAUACCUUGCCCAGUUCCAUUCUGAACACCCAAUUCUGGUGCAGUCACAGUGAAAAUAUGAAAAGGAUGCGAGAGGAUGAGACAGUGAUCCCCCCUUUUUGCAAAAGGACUAGAUGAUCAAGUUUUCCUGCCUCUGCCUUGUCUGGUGUUUCUCUUGUUUUAUUGUGUUCCCACCAAAAUGCUAGUUCUGUAAAUAUUUAUCAGUGAGAACCAAAUGGUUACUACCUAAAGUUCAUAGAAGGCUGUCCUGUAAUGCUAUGGUAUAAAAAUAUUCCUGAGAAGUAAGUGUCCAUGAUUCUCCGA